CAGUCGCCUCGUGACCACGACCCCGUUCAGCGGUAGCCCGCCGCGCCGCGACAACAAGGUUUUCCGACGCGGAAGCGGAUAUAUAUCAUUUUUUCCUUUAAGGUCGAUAUUGGCAUGUUCUCCGGCCGUACGACUCAGUCUAAGAACUAUACUGGCCAUUUGAUUACACUGUUCGAGAGAACAAGGGAGGGCUUGGGGUAGAGUGCUGGGCCGUGUGCAGACACCUCAAAUUGAAAUCCAUGAAUACGAAACUCAGUACACAUGUGUAGUAUUCAAUGGAUUUGCUCAUGUUAUGUAGUGUUUUCGCAAUGGGGCAUUGUUAGAAAGUUACUGAAUGACCCAGUUUCUGUGAACCAAUGCGAACAGAUAACAAGCAUCAAUAACAACUUGUGAACUAUAUCACGGCAAUGAAACGUUAUGUUUAGUUAAUAGUUUCGUUAAGUCGAAGCCGCUGUAAAUAGGAAGCAAGGAUAAUCAGAUAAAUAAUGGUUCUGUGGUAAUUACGUAUUAUAGACUUCAAAACCGCUUCACAUCGGUAGCUGUUCAAUUUAAUUGAAAUAGCAGUUACAAAUUUCCAUUUAAGUGUGUUAAUGCUGUGAUUCCACAAGAACAUUUUCAAGUUCAAGAAAGCUUUAAUACUGAACUGGAUAAAGAAGGAAGAAAUGUAAUUCCAAAAAUUGAAUUUAUUUAUUUAAAAAUUUUAUAAACUGUAUUUCUUGGUGUACAUCCAAGAAAUCUUCAUAAUCUAUCACAUCACAUACUUCUCUCAGGCUGGUUAUUUUAUGAAAAUUGUCAGAAGUUAAUUCAGUUAAUAUAAAUUCUCAACUAGACAUCUAUACAUAAAUACUAUAUCAUUCAACACACGGAAUGAAUACCAUGCUGACUUCGGAUGAAUAUCUGAUUAACACAAAAUCUCAUCCCUCAUAGCAAGCAAUAGUUUGCAUAACUGUGACAAGCUUGAGUGAAUAUUUGUUAUACAUAUAAAGUAGAUUGCAAAAAGGAAAUUAACGAAUUGUAUUUGGUUGUCUUACCUGAAUAAGAGAAGCCCCAGGUAAUAAUAAGUUAGGACUCUGAACAGGACUUGUCGUGAAUGUUAAUAGUUGAGUACAGAAUUCUGAAAUUAAGCUGAAAAUCUAAUAUUAUCGGCUUUUUAUCGUUUUUUAUCAAACUGAAAUAUAAGAUAAAAAAUAUACUAAAUUGUAAUCAGUUACAAAUAUAUUGGUGUAAAUUUUUCCAAUAUUGCGACGUGAGUGUAAAAAACAAAAUAUCUCAUGUUUCAUUUGCAAAUGGAAAGGUCGUACAAAUGUAUUUAGAGUGUUCAGCAAGAAAUAAAUAGACUGUACAGUGAGAAACUCUGAAACAUCGCCAUGACGUACAGCCGGAACCCGUUUCAUACGUGUACUGCAGUUGUGUGUUACCUUCUAGUCAUCAGUCCAGUGUUACUAACUUUGUGUGAUAACAUUCAGUUUGAUCCUGAAUACAGAAACCAAGGCAACGCGGAAUAUGAACAGGAACAAAAUAAUGAUCCAAGCUACAGUAUCCGGGGAUACUUCACCAACAAUCAUCUUAACAAUGAGGUAAUGCAAUUCAGCAAUCCAAGUAACAGUGGCGAAGAAGACAAUGAAGUUGAAAAGCAAGGAGAGAAAUUAAUUUACAGCAACAAUUCUUCAUAUCUGUCAAUAAAACAAAACAAAUCGACGUCAGAAAACGAGAGUGACGCAGAUUAUGAAUAUGACUACGAUGAAUCGCAUAAUAUCUUCAACUGGUCGGAGCUGAUUCCUACUGUUGUUAUAUAUGGUGUAACUCUGGUGUUUGGUAUAGCGGGCAACUCCCUCAUCAUCUUCACGAUCUGUCGCUACCGACGCAUGAAGAGUACAACAAACGUGUUCCUAGCCAGCCUCGCAUCUGCUGACCUCCUGCUUAUCAUCAUCUGCAUACCAGUGAAGAAACCAUAAAACAUGAGCAAGAAGGAGCAACACACUGCAUAGUACGACGCACCAAUUAUCAAGAAAGUUGCACGUAAUAACGGUUCAUAUGAAUGAACUUUGAUGUAGUGUUAGUUCUAACUUAAAAAAAAAAAGUUUCCUCAAAAUGGUCAAUAUUGACAGUAACAUAUCAAAGCUUUAAUAGUAUUUAAUCAGCAUAAAGUCAAAAGUGGCAUGUACUGUCUUCGCUCGCUUGGAAACCGGGAUCGUGGGUUCG